CACUUCGUCGCUGACUCUCGGUUUCUAUCUCUGGGAGGGCGGCUGAGGCGGCGGCAGCGGUCGGGACGCCGGCUGAAGGGGCGCUGAGGCGUGAGCUGUGGCGGCGCUGGGCGCCCCUCGCUCCUCGGCCUCUGGGGGCCAUGGGCUCCGAGAAAGACUCCGAGUCGCCGCGGUCUACAUCCCUGCACGCGGCUGCGCCCGACCCCAAGUGCCGCAGCGGCGGCCGGCGCCGGCGCCUCACCUUCCACAGUGUCUUCUCCGCCUCGGCCCGCGGCCGCCACGCCCGGGCCAAGCCGCAGGCCGAGCCGCCACCCCCGGCCGCGCCGCCGCCGAUCGCCCCGGCCCCUGCCGCGGCCCAGGCCCCGCCGCCUGAGGCGCUGCCCGCCGAGCCGGCCGCCGAGGCCGAGGCGGAGGCCGCGGCGACGGCGGGGCCCGGGUUAGACGAUGAGGAGGCGGCGGAGGGCGGCGGCUCGGGCCCGGAGGAGGUGGAGUGUCCGCUGUGCCUGGUGCGGCUGCCGCCCGAGCGGGCCCCGCGCCUCCUCAGUUGUCCGCACCGCUCGUGCCGGGACUGCCUCCGCCACUACCUGCGCCUGGAGAUCAGCGAGAGCCGGGUCCCCAUCAGCUGCCCCGAGUGCAGCGAGCGACUCAACCCGCACGACAUCCGCCUGCUGCUCGCCGACCCACCACUCAUGCACAAGUACGAGGAGUUCAUGCUGCGCCGCUACCUGGCCUCGGACCCCGACUGCCGCUGGUGCCCGGCCCCGGACUGCGGGUAUGCUGUUAUUGCCUAUGGCUGUGCCAGCUGCCCAAAGCUGACCUGUGAGAGGGAAGGCUGCCAGACUGAGUUCUGUUACCACUGCAAGCAAAUAUGGCAUCCAAAUCAGACAUGCGAUAUGGCCCGUCAGCAGAGGGCGCAGACAUUGCGAGUUCGGACCAAGCACACUUCAGGUCUCAGUUAUGGGCAAGAAUCUGGACCAGCAGAUGACAUCAAGCCAUGCCCACGAUGCAGUGCUUACAUUAUCAAGAUGAAUGAUGGAAGCUGUAAUCAUAUGACCUGUGCAGUGUGUGGCUGUGAAUUCUGUUGGCUUUGUAUGAAGGAGAUCUCAGACUUGCAUUACCUCAGCCCCUCUGGCUGUACAUUCUGGGGCAAGAAACCAUGGAGCCGUAAGAAGAAAAUUCUUUGGCAGCUGGGCACAUUGAUUGGCGCUCCAGUGGGGAUAUCCCUCAUUGCUGGCAUUGCCAUUCCUGCCAUGGUCAUUGGCAUUCCUGUUUAUGUUGGCAGGAAGAUUCAUAGCAGGUAUGAGGGAAGGAAAACCUCCAAACAUAAGAGGAAUUUGGCUAUCACAGGAGGAGUGACUUUGUCGGUCAUUGCGUCCCCAGUUAUUGCUGCAGUUAGUGUUGGUAUUGGUGUCCCUAUUAUGCUGGCUUAUGUUUAUGGGGUUGUGCCCAUUUCUCUCUGUCGUGGAGGUGGCUGUGGAGUUAGUACGGCCAAUGGAAAGGGAGUGAAAAUUGAGUUUGAUGAAGAUGAUGGCCCAAUCACAGUGGCAGAUGCCUGGCGAGCCCUCAAGAAUCCCAGCAUUGGGGAAAGUAGCAUUGAAGGUCUAACUAGCGUAUUGAGCACCAGUGGAAGCCCUACAGAUGGACUCAGUGUUGUGCAAGGUCCAUACAGCGAAACAGCCAGCUUUGCAGCCCUCUCAGGGGGCACACUGAGUGGUGGCAUUCUUUCCAGUGGCAAGGGAAAAUACAGCAGGUUAGAAGUCCAAGCCGAUGUCCAAAAGGAAAUUUUCCCCAAAGACACAGCCAGUCUUGGUGCAAUUAGUGACAACGCAAGCACUCGUGCUAUGGCCGGUUCCAUAAUCAGUUCCUACAACCCACAGGACAGAGAAUGCAACAAUAUGGAAAUCCAAGUGGACAUUGAAGCCAAACCAAGCCACUAUCAGCUGGUGAGUGGAAGCAGCACGGAGGACUCACUCCAUGUUCACGCACAGAUGGUGGAGAAUGAAGAAGACGGUGGUGGUGGCGGCGGCAGCAAUGAAGAGGAUCCCCCCUGCAAACACCAAAGCUGUGAACAGAAAGACUGCCAGGCCAGCAGACCUUGGGACAUCAGCCUGGCCCAGCCCGAGAGCAUCCGCAGUGACCUGGAGAGCUCUGAUACGCAGUCCGACGAUGUGCCAGACAUCACCUCGGAUGAGUGUGGCUCCCCUCACUCCCAAGCUGCAGCCUGCCCCUCAACACCCAGAGCCCCAGGUGCACCAAGCCCAAGUGCCCAUAUGAACCUCUCUGCCCCAGCUGAGGGGACGACUGUCUUGAAGCCGGAAGAUGCAGAAGCCAGAGUAUGAAGUGGAAUAAAUGCUCCUGUUCUGAGAAGCACACUUGUAACUGCAUCUUUUGGAAUCUUUUUGUGGGGGCAGGGAUUUAUGUAUUUUAUUUCAAAGAUUCUCUGGUCACAGGUUUUCCCCAGGGAAAUUCUGAGAAAUUUGCAAUUUCUUACCAGAGGAAACGUGGAAACUUUGCCCUUAGUUCCAUCCCCCGUCCCCUUUGCCCCCCCACCCUUUUUUAGUUUUAAUUUAUUGGUUAAACUGAUGGUGGCAAUCUGUGAGGUGUGUCAAAGAGUGUACAGAUGUAUGUGUGUAUAUUGUAUGUAUGCUAACAUAUUACUGAAGGACACAUUUUAAUAAAGAUUUCUGUCGUAAUUCAA